AUGCAAAUUAUUGAUAUCUCUUCAAGUAAUGUAGUCCGUAUGGAAUAUACUAUGAAUUGUUAUUUACGUCAACAAUGGAUUGAUCCCCGAUUAGCAUGGCAUGCAAAUCCUGUACUAAAUAGUUCAGUGAGUAAUCUUCUCUUAAAUCAACAAAAAAAGCAACUAUGGUUACCAGAUUUAUUUUUUCGUAAUGGAAAGUCGGGUUUCCUACAUCAUAUUUCACAACCAAAUUUCCUAUUGAGAGUUAAUUCAAAUGGACAGGUGUUAUAUAGUCAAAAAAUUACUAUGGUAUUAGCUUGUCAAAUGUAUUUGAAAAAUUUCCCUAUGGAUAGACAAGAAUGUACUGUAGAUAUAGGCUCAUAUGGAUAUACAAUAGAUCAGUUGAAAUUUAUAUGGCAUCAUGAAAAACCUGUAACUAUAUCAGAUGAAUUACAAUUGUUAGAAUUUGAAAGACCACAAAAAACAUAUACAACGGAUUGUACAAAAAAUGGUACUACAAAAACUGGAACGUAUAGCUGUUUACUAAUGGUUAUACCAUUGAGACGAUUGCUCAGUUCUUACAUAGUUACUACAUAUAUUCCAGAAGUACUUAUUGUUAUGGUAUCAUGGUUAGGAUUUUGGAUUGAUAUCAAAGCUGUACCAGCUAGAGUAACACUGGGAUUACUUACACUGCUCGGUCUGUUGACAGAAAGUAGCAGUGUCAGUUCACAGCUGCCCAAAGUAACUUAUCUCAAAGCAAUUGAUGUCUGGUUAACCGUAUGCCUGCUGUUUGUCGUCGCCGCUUUAGCUGAAUUCGCCUAUGCCUAUAUGAUGGCGCCUAAAAUUGAAGGCCAUGAAUGGGAACCAGAAGUCACAGAUUUAGUUCAAGCCUUGUUAACUUCUUAUACUGGAGAGGUUAGAUGUUGUUGCUGUUAUACAAAGAAUACCUAUCAUAAGCCUGUUUUAAAAGUUAACAGUCAAAGAUCCCGUUCCCAUCAACCACAAACAUCAACAGAUAGUGUUGUGAAAAGAUCAAAUUUGAAGGUGAACAGAGGGACUGAAUCUGAUCCAGAGGUUUCAGUGAAAUCGAAACGAUCAACUAGAACAAGUCGAUCAAAACAUAUCAAAUCAAGUAAAGUACGCUGUACAGUCUGUGAUUCUUAUAAACCAGUAUGUUGUACAUGUCCAGCUUGUGCUCGACUCAAGUGUCCUGAAGCUCCUACAAGAAGGAAACCAACACAGGUUAAAAUAUCCACCAGGUCAGGUAAACAUGAACCAAACAAAUCAGUGAAAUAUGAAAAACAGAAACAACAACAACCACACCAACAGCACCAACACCAAGAAAUCGAUUUGUCUACACCAGCAAAUACACUGAAAAAGCGUAAACCUGUUAAACGUGGACAUUCUCAUCAAUCAGUGAAGACUACAGAUUCCUGUCGUGUACUGAUUGAACCACUGUAUAAAGAAGUAUUAUCACUGGAUAAACAGCCGAAGAAAUCAGCACUGAAGGUGAAAUCACAACUUCCAUCGUUGAAAUGUGAGUAUACACCAGGAAAAGAAUUGAAAACCACAUUUUUAGAUAGCAGUAAUAAUAAUAAUAAUGGUAAUAAAACUAAACAAGAAUCAUUCACUUCCGUAAAUCACAAUCAUAAUCAUCAAGAUAUUCAAAGCAAAGAGAGAUUAUGGCAUUUAAGACGAUCACUGAAUGAAUGUUUUUGUUUAAACAAUACCAGUCAUCACCAGCAUGAUCAUACUACUACUACUAAUACGAGUAGUACUCAACAGUUAAAAAUCGAUAUUACUAGGCGAUUGAAUUCAAUGAAAUCCGCUCCUCCAUAUGAAUCUUCAAUAGAUGCCUACAGUCGAUUGAUAUUUCCAAUUGCAUUUUGUCUAUUUAUGUGUAUUUAUUGGUUUAUAUAUCUUCUUUUAACUAAUGAUUAG